AUGUCUAACAGGACAUCUUUCAGACUACCCGACGGCGAGACCGAAGUGUGGAUUGAUACCGCCGGCACGGCCUAUGUCGUCGGAUCUGGUGUCGCAACGCUGGCUCGGUGGACGACGGAUGGGACGCAGACCAGAGUCUCCCCGGCCAUGGUCAACGACGAACGUGCGCAGUUCGGCCCAGUCUUCCGGCUCCAGCCGUUGAGCUUGGAUGUGGCCGACCCUCGCUCGCCAUUUGGGUCUGACGGCCAGCACCAGGACCUCACGCUGGCGUGGGCCUCGGUGUACGCAUUGUGGCUGCAUCCCGACCACAGAGACGAUGAAGUGAUGGCCAUCUCGGUGGACAGCGAGCGUGUGGGGGAGUACAUGCGAUGCACUGGCUUGGGAGUGAUGUCGCCAUUCUCGCCGAAUGCCAUCUACUGGCUCUACCGCGAGGCGUUCUGGCAGGGCGCAGGCGCGCCAGACUCGCAGCACUGGCUCCAAUCCCGGCCUGAAGUGACCAGCUUCCCGGGCUUCAACGGGACGCUGGGCGUUUUCGCCAGCCAGCUGGGGUUCACGCGCAAGGGCAAUGUGUGCACCGUCCACCCGGUGCGGCCGCCCAAGCCCAAGCCCGGCUCCGUCAUCUACUCUCGGUUCAUCGUCGAGCUCGGGCAGCAGCUGCGGAUCCUGCACAUUGACGCCGAGGACCCGGUGCACUUCGAGGCGUACAAGCGGUGGCAGAACUCGGACCGGGUCAACGCCUCGUGGCAGGAGCGCGGGCCGGACGAGCACCACCGGGCGUACCUGGCAGGGCAGCUGGCCGACGCGCAUAGCAUGUCGUGCGUAUUCGAGUGGGACGGCGAGCUGGCCGGGUACACGGAGCUGGGAUGGGUCAAGGAGGACAACGCGGCCUGCUUCUUGGGCUCCAACUGCAAUAUCGUCGUGGGCGAGCACGACCAGCACUCGCACAUCCUGGUGGGCGAGGAGCACUUCCGGGGCGGCAAGAGGUAUCAGGCUGUGGCGACGUCCAUCAAGCAUUGCUGCUUCCUGCGGGAGCCGCGGACCAAGCAGGUGAUUGCUGAGCCUCGAUCCGACUUGGCCCACGUCCAUAUCCAGAACAAGUACCUGCCGCAGGAGCAGAAGAAGCGCUUCCACCUGCCGCACAAGACGGCCAUCCUAUUCGCCCUGCAGCGGGAUCGCUUCUUCCAAGAGGCGCAUCUGGUAUAG